AUGAAGUUCUGCAUUCUUUGUCUUCUCGUCGUUGCUGCAACUGCAGCUCGACCCUAUAAGUAUCGUGGCCAGGAGUACAAACCGACCAGGCGAUUUUCUGAAAAAUAUUUCCCAGUGUACUUCAAAACGCCGGAUGGCGGCCGUAAUGCGGAAGGAGAAUUCCUUAACUCAAGGAAACUUCAAGAGAGCAGCCGACCUGCCGUGCAGCAAGAAGCAACGGUGGGAAAGGUAGUCUAUGGAAGGGUAAGCAAAGGCGUGCAAAAGGAGAAAGAGGAAGUUAAUCCGGUUGAAUAUCCCAAACCCGUUGAUGAACAACCGUCGGUUAAAGUUUCAGAGGAAGAAUCCAAAUUGGAAUACCCAUAUGAGGAGGAUUAUGAUGCCAAAAGCGCAGAAGAGCCACAUAAAGAUACUGGGGAGGAAGAAGCAGCCUAUGACGAAGACCAUGAUAGCGAAUCCGAUGAAGAGGACGAGGGUGAGUACGACAAAUAUGAGCCUAAAUACUACGACGAAGAUGAAGCGACAGAAGAGGAGGAGGAAGAAGAUGAGGAAGACAAAUAUGGGUACGAGAAGGGCUACAAAGAUGAUGAAGGGGAUGGAGAGGAAUAUGAGGAGGAAUACGAAAUCGAACAUAGUAGUGAGGUAGGGGAUGAGAAAGAAGAGGAGGGAUCAGAAAAGGUCCAUGAAGAGCCAAUAAGUGUUGAGAUUGAAAAGAACAUCCAGACCACAUCUCUAAAGGAGGCUGACAGGAUCUUCUCUUUCCCCGGUUGUAGCAAUAUCACGUGCUCCAAAACGGGCUUUGAUGGCUACGGCUGUUCUGACUCCAAAUGCAAAUUCCUUUGUUCCAAGACAGAAUGCUAUGAGUAUCCGGAUGGCCCCGCUACUACUGAGGAGAACGCUGAACUGGAGGAAGUUGUGAUGGAGAAGGAGGUGGAAGAGGUAGAAGAGGAGGAAGACGUGGCAGAGGAGGAGGAGGAAGAGGAGACUGCUAGCGAGGUAACCACAACUACAAUCACAACCACAGCUCCGGAGCCGGAAACACCUCCCUCUCGAAAAGAAGCGAGAAAACGCAGAGGUGGUAGCGGAAAACGCGAAGGCAGAGGUGGAAAAGGGAAGAAUGGCAGGGGUUCCAAGCUGUAA